AUGACGACUCGCAAGCACAACGAAUUCCUCGAUAUCGCACCAAGCGACGACGAGUCAGCCAGCGAUCGUGGCUACGAUUCCGAGGAGAAUGUCGCGAAGAGCAAAGGCCGCGCCGUGAAGCGCAGGCGGACCACAAACACCCAGGACUUUUUCGGUGUCGAGUCAGACAACGACGAGUCAGCAGAUGACGACAAUGAGGAGGAGGAGGAUCGCGCAGAAGUUAAAGGCAAGAAGAGCAAGCAAUCAAAGGCUACGCAGCCUGCCUCUAACGACGAGGACGAGAAUGAGGACGAAGACGGAGGCGCACUCCUGGACCCCACGAAACCUUCCAAGCCCGUCAAAGUACUCUCCACCAAACCGCUUAAGGAGUCUAAGAAGAACAAGACCGGAGUCGUCUACCUCUCCUCGCUGCCGCCGUAUCUUAAGCCCUUCGCUUUAAAAAAUAUGAUAGAGAAAAGGAAUCUGGGUCCAGUCACGAAGGUUUUCCUCAGUCCUCGAAUGCCAAAUAACUCUGGCUCUACCCGACGCUCCAACUCUCGUCAACUCUACAAUGACGGCUGGCUUGAGUUUCAAUCGAAAAAAUCCGCCAAGAUCUGCGCCGAGACACUGAAUGCGCAUAUUGUGGGGGGUCGCAAGGGUGGAUGGUACCAUGACGACGUCUGGAAUAUGAAAUAUCUGAAGGGUUUCAAAUGGGCAGACCUUAUGGAACAGGUGCAGCGUGAGAGAUCGGAAAGAGAGGCCAGGCAGCGGAUUGAAGAUGCCCGUGCCAAGAAAGAAGAAAAGGUCUUCAUGUCUGGUGUUGAAGCUGGAAGAAUUGCGGAUGGUAUGGCUAGGAAGAAUGAGGAGAAGAGGAAGAGGCAGCUGGCUGAGGCUGACCGUGCUGGAACGGAGGAUGCAAAGGCGAAGAAGGCUUCGGAGAAGCCUGCGCCGGUGCGGAGGCGCUUUGUGCAGAACGAUGUUGUUAAGCGGAAGGACGAGAAAGGGGUUACAGAUGAUGCUGAUACCCGCCGGGUGCUUGGAAAGAUUUUCUGA